AUGUCUUCUCUCUUCAAGACCCUUGCUCUCGCUUUUGUCGCUGCCACUGCAGUCGUCGCAUUGCCCGCCGACGUCGAGGAUUUUGUUCCCGGCUCUGGCCUCCCGUCUCUCGAAGAGUUAGGAAUGACCAAGGAGGACCUAUACAAGCCUAUCCCUGAAGAAGUGCUGCAAUCCAUCGAAGCUGAAUACGGUGGCUUGACCAAGCGCUGGAGCCCCACAUGCCGCACCAGUGGCCUGGUGCCAUAUGCCGGUGCCCUUGCGUGCUACAACUACCUCGACUCUCUCGGUACCACCCCAUGUGUCGUCCCCUUCAACACCCAAAAUCCCAACUGGCUUGCCAAAACCACCUUCUGUCAGGCCCUCGGCGCCUUCUGGACGGGAACGUGCCUCGCUGGCACAUGCGUCGAUCAUGGGUCCUCCUACUGCCGAGACGUCGCUCGAGGUGGUCUCUGGGUCCUCACACACUGCAAGAACAGCAAUAACCAGCUCAAUGGUAACAACGCCGCCUGGGGCAACGGCAACCUCAUCGUCGAUAUCCAGGACCACCAUGUCUAA